GUGGAUGGAUAAUAGAAACAUAGACAUAAGUGAAACUGAAGUGGAACAAGCAAAUUUUGUUUUAGAACUCAAGAAUGGCUUCUAUCCCAUGCAUCACCCAGCAACCCAUCACUUCUAAGUUUAACAAUGCCUUUCCUUCACCACUUGUUUCUGCCCCAAACUUGGCUUCACGUUUUCUGGGUACCCGAAAAAGUGUUGGGUGGCUCAGCCUCACCUCUAGAAUUGGACCCUCUAAUGGUUCCAAAGCCACAUGCUGGUUCAGGUUUGGUAAGAAUGGUGUUGAUGCUGAAGGUGCUGGCAUUUAUGGAAGCCAGUCCCGGGAUGAUUUUGAUAGAGAUGAUGUUGAACAGUACUUCAACUAUAUGGGAAUGCUCGCAGUAGAAGGAUCAUAUGAUAAAAUGGAGGCUCUUCUAAGCCAAAACAUACACCCUGUGGACAUCCUUUUGCUGUUGGCUGCCUCAGAAGGUGACAAACCAAAAAUUGAGGAACUCUUGAGAGCUGGAGCAAAAUAUGAUGUAAAAGAUGCGGAUGGACGAACAGCUCUGGAUAGGGCUAAUGAUGAAAUUAAAGAUUUCAUUCUUAAUUUUUCAGUGCAGAGGGCAUGAUUUUUUUUGUUGCCAUUAUAAGCCAGUUCAGCUACAUAUUUGUUUACAUUUUCAUAACUUUCAAACUAUGUUAAU